CCUUUUUGGAUCAAUUGCGGGAAAAUCAGGUGAAGUGGGACGUGUGGGCGGGAAUCAAUGAGAGGGCUUUCGUUGACCUGUUAAGGAGUAGGGAAGUAGCGAGCAAGAGAAUUUUACUGGAGGGGCCUUAUUGCCGGCAGUGGUACUUAGGGGAGAGGGUGGUGAGGCAAUCUUUAGGUUAUGGAGCUUUUAGAGUGCCAAAGCCUAUUCCCCAGUUGAGUUCAACAAUAUUGACUAAAGAUGUUUUGAUAGAGUGGCUAGAGGGUCAGGAUGCUGUUGCUUUUCUGGAGGAGGAGGGUAUGGAUUAUAGGGAGUACAGGAUACAGCGGCUUAUGGGGCCUUUGGGUGUGGGUAGUGCUGAGAGAGGUUGUCGUCAUGGGCCGCAGGCUAGAGUUGUACCAGCAGCGGUAGAAGGAGAAGGGGGUGCAGAAAUUCAGAAAAGAUCCCGGCGCACUAAGUUACCAAAGCUACCUCGGUGAGUGGGUUAUAUGCUUAACUCGGGCUAUAUGAAAUACAUUGACCUUCCUGAUCCUCCGAGUGGCGCAUACCGUCUACCGCCCCAUGUCCAGCAGGUGCCUCGAGUGUACGCUGAGGCGUGCCUCCGUACUAUAGCUAGCUUUGAGGUUUUGACCUGCCGACAGGCGAUAGCGGCUCACGCACCAGCUCCAUCUGUGCCUCAAGGCAUCGGCUCGGGGAGACCCGUUCAGGGUUCCAGAGCUACUCCAUCAACAUCUGGUCAAGAUGCUGUAGUUUCUUCCGGUGUCAAUGCGGACGAUGAUGAGGAUGAUGACAAGGAGGAGACUGGUAGCAAGGAGGAGGAUGUUUGUGAGGGUGGUAAUAUUAGUUCAAAGUAUUUGGGGAGUGAGGAUACGGACUAUGUGGCCCUCACGGACAUGACUCAGAAGACUUCAAGGAAGCAGCCCCGUCAAGAUACGACAUUGAAGUCACCUCCAAAGAGACCUCGCAAGAAGUGACACUCUAGUCUUUUCGUUUCUUUUUGCUCGCAGCUUUAGGGAGAAAGGAUAAAUGUAAUGAUGUUUGGCCCGUAUCCCUUUGUUUUUGUUGUUGUAUCCGAAAGACUAUGUAAUACACAAAUCGUUCUAGUGGAUGCCGUAGGUUUUCUCGAGACAAUGCUUGGUUUUCUUUCUUGUUUCAAAGCUUUAAACUUGAGUGUGCUUGAUGAUUAUAAUGAUAAUGACCCGGCGUGGGAUUACACAGGAAUUGUGGAUUGAAAAUGAUGACCCGGCGUGGAUUUCGGAUAUGAAUUGUUUGCUUGAAUUGGA